AUGAGAACUUUAGAUACUUCAAAUGCACUUUUCGCUUUGAUCAUAGUCAUGCUGAUGCAAUGCGUAAGCUCAAAUGGAAUUACAUCUGUGAAAGUAUCAGCAGAAAAUACUUUCACUGGAGAUUCAACAAACAUGACGAUUAUAAUAGAACCUGGUAAUACUACAUUGAAAAGCAAUUCAGUUUAUAUAAUCACUCUACAAAAUUAGGCUCUUGAUGAGAAUUAUUUACUGCCAACUAAAUUAGAUGUUACCAUUGGCACAUCCCUAGAAAAUUCAACAUUACUGCCAAAUUACGAAUGCUUUGCUUUUGAUUUAGACAAAUUCAACCUAACAUUAUAUCAGGAUCUUGCAUUUUCAUAAACUAAUCAAAGAUACCUUUUUAUUAAAAUGUGGAAAGUUAAAAAUCCAUUGGACCCAUCAUUAACAUCAAAGGUGAUGCUAGAUUACAAAGCAGCUAGCAAUUUAGCAUUUAAGCUAUUUUCAAAUGAACUUAUAUUUAUUGUGCCUCAAAUAUCAUAAUACCGUUUAAAUUAGAUAUUUUACCCAGAUUUUUAGCCUGUCAUUAUAUUAAUGAAUGAGCCAAUUCUUGCUGGAAGAGUGUAUAAUAUAACACUAAAUGGCUUGAUUUCAGACCCAGUUGAGAUUGAUUCUUAUAGCAUCUUGGUAAAACAUAAAACUAUUUCUUGUUUAAAAUGCGAAUAUUGUCGAAAGAAAAAAAAUGCUACUUCUGCUAAAUCAUAAGCCAAUUAAGGUCACUAGUUGCAUAAAAAAGACACUUUUGAAAAGAGUAAUCCGGAUGAUCAUGAAAAUUCUCCAGACCUUGAAUCUAAAUUAGAGGACGACAUAUCAUAAAGAACUUAAAUGAAUUAAAAAUUUGCAGAUUUUUUGUAGAAUGACAAAAAUUUUCCUAAAGAGAUGUCAUCAGAGUCUACACUUUAGACUCAAACCAAUAUUGAAAAGAUUAAUAUUGAUUAAAUUGAGGAAAAGGUUAACAUGAAUGAUGUUAAAAUUGAAUAUAAUUAUCAAGAAGAUUUUCAAGGAGUUGGCGAUGAAGAUUUAAAUAGUGCUAAUAGAAUGAUAAGGAAAAGUUAAUGCGAGAAUGACUUUGGGAAUUAAAAAAAUGACGAUGAGAGAGUAGAUUUAAAUAACUCUGAAUUGUACUAAUCCUUUGAUAAUCUAGUUAGAAAAUCUGAAUUGAGAGAGGAAUCUUCUUCUUUAUAUGAUACAAAACUUACUAUAAAAAGGAUUGAGGAUUAAGAUGGUAGUAAUUUUGAUGAUACAAGCAAAUAAUCAGUGAAGUCGAAAGAGAUAAGGUGGAGUAUCCAUUCAAAAUAAAAAGGCUUUAUGAAUAACUAAGUAGUAUGCAACAAAAGGGAUACAGAAAAGCACCUAGCUAAAAAUAAAAGUUAAAUUAUACGCAUGAAUAGCAAAUCUAAAGAAAUGGAAUUAUAUGAUCAGAUUUAGAAAUUUAAUAGUGCUAAGGGAAGUGUGCCAGGUAUUAAAUAAAUUAAUAAUCCUGAAGAUGGAUUCUCUUAAUAAUUAGUUGAUAUUACAGAGCAGCUUAGCAAUGAAUUAUGA